AUCGUUCAUCCUCUGUAUAAUAAUGGCCAGUGGGCUUGGUCACAACACGCGAAGCUUGCAAUGCAUAGUAAUAGUGCUUAUCCAUCAUCUAUAAUCCUCCCCACGCCAUAGUAUCUCCGGGGCUAUCACCAAACCUCCGAUCCUCGAACCACAGCACCUCCGCAACCAUGACCACCCCCCUCCCCGACCAAAUCCUCUACCUGAUAAUCCGCUUCACGGCCUCUAUACCCGACCUCCCGCUCAGCAUCUCCUCGCCACGAACUCUCACAACCCUCUCCCUCAAGCGCCUCAUCCGCACCCAUCUCCCACCCGCUCACGCCUCCAGCCGCCUCCGCCUCAUCUACACCGGCAAGGUCCUCGCAGACACCGCGCCCUUAUCCCUCUCCCUCCGCCUCCCUCCACCACCUCCUCCCCGCUCUACUGUCUACAAUGACUCCAGCCAAGGCAAAGGCAAGGGCAAAGAGCCCGUCCGCGACCUCCCCGAGCCCCCGGACAACUCACCACGACUCUACAUCCACUGCUCCCUCGGCGACGCCCUCUCGCCCGCCGACCUCGCCGCCGAAGCCUCUUCCGCCCUGACAUCUGAGACCUCACUCGCGAAACAGCUGUCUAAAACUACAAAACAUGGCGCGACAGGCAGUACGAGCAGCGCGACGGGUGGACGAAGGGACAGCGCUGCCACAACGGCCGCACCGCAAGGCUUUGAUAGACUACUAUCAGCCGGUUUCACGUCUACGGAGAUCGCGAGCUUGCGUAGCCAGUUUCUUACGAAUAUCUCGUUCACACAUACCCCGGAUAACAUGCCCUCGGGCGCGGCGUUGCGCGCGCUGGAGGAUAGGUGGCUAGACUCGAGUGCGCAUGAGGCGCCGGCGGGCGACACGACUGCGGCGACGGCGACGGCGACGACGGAGGGAGAGACGGGGUGGGGAGCUGGGUUUGGAGUCGACGAUGGGGGACUGGAUGAUAUGCUGUUUGGGUAUUUGACGGGGUUCUUUUGGCCGCUGGCGGCUGGGGUUUGGGGGAUGCGGGAGGAGGGGGUGUGGACGAGGAGGCGGCAGGUUGCGGUUGUGAUGGGGGUCGUGUUGAAUUGUGCGUUUGGGUUUUUGAGGUGGAGUUCAUAGGGGGAGUGGUGUAAUAUGGAGUUGGAGUUUGGUGAGGGUAGAGACGAUGCAGGACCUGAAAAUUGAAAUAUCUUCACUCAUAGCAUCUCUCAACGACAUGUAUUAUAUCAAACCAGAUGUCGGUGCGGUUCGAUUCGUUACUUUUGUUAACAUUACUAACGACAAGGUGCAUACGCUAUGUAAGUACGCGGUGGACUCACACGGUGGGCUCAUAACCACGCGGCGUCUACCAAUCUUAGGUCUACGCGGUUCGAAUCGAUACUUUUGUUCACAUUUUUCCAGGCGAGGUGGACAGUCUGUGUGGACAUGUCGUGAGAUUACCUAGCCAUAGAAAC